AUGCAGUGGACUUCAUGCAGUAAUGCUGAACAGUCGUUGAUGAAGAAAGCAUAUGCUGGAAUGAUAUCAAUGGAAUUUGAUGAAGCAGAAUACCUUGUCAUGAUAGGAGGGAUUGGUUCCACACCAACUCUUUGCCAUCCUCGGUUUCAAUAUGAUCAACUUAAGGAUGGUCGUGUUCGUACUAAUGAGCAGUUACUUUAUAACGUGUCCACUGGACAAUUUACUGUUCCAUCUGUCAGUGGACAGUGUUGUCUACCAACUAGUAGUUUCAUAAUUGAGAAGAUUACUACUACCGGUAACAGAGGAAUAAUGGUUGGAGGUUCAGUGACUGUUAAUGGUGAUGAGAGCACAGCUACUAACACUGUUUACAUAUUCAGUGUGACUCAUAGUUUAAUAAUCUGGGAGAUACUAAAAUCAGGAGCAAUACCUAAUGAGGGACUGUGGCCUAUGGAGAGAUGUGAUCAUGCUGCUGCUAUUAUCAGUGGUGACUCUACCUCACCGACACUAGUAGUAAUUGGUGGAACAAGAAGGAAUCAACUAGUAGCAGAGAGGAAGCUGUUUUUAAUUCAAGGAGACAAACCUCAACUGAUGAAUUGGGAGAAAUAUGGUCUAAGGAUUGGCGUACAAAAGGAGAGCUUACUGUCCUCUGAGACAGUAGAAGCAGCAGUGGUUGCUCUUGUAGGAGGACAGUUCCAGUUUCCUCCUAAUACUGUCCUAGUCAGUGCUGUGUAUGCAGUAUCACUCUCAAAGCCUCUCCUCAAACGGCUCAUAUUAGAAAUACAACACUGCAUUGAUUUAACAGGACGACCAGCUCUUAGUCGUCAUCUCAAGUUUGCCAUAGCUCCUGUGAGCACACCCAGUCUUCCUUACCAGUUUUUUAUAGUUGAGGGAGGAGAGUUUAACUCUGAUAGUUGGUAUGGAUCUAUUCAACGUAAAGAGUUCUGUUUGGUAGCUAUUGUUGGGGAGAAAUAUCUACCCAAAUCAUCAACUAAUGGAGAUGAGUCAGAGGAAGAGGAGGAGGAACAAGAGGAAGAAGCAGAAGAGGAAACUGAGGAGGAAGUUGUAGAUGGUAAUAGUGAUUCAUCCAGUGAUCCUGAUAAUACUAAAGAUCCACCAGGAUGUAGCAAUGGAGGACAAGGAGAGUCUACUAGUAAUGAGGGAGUAGAGGAAGAGGGGGAGACUGGAGGUCAGCCAUUACAUGAGGAAGGAAAAGAAGAGCAAGAGAAUGAAAGAGUAGAAGAGUCAAAGGAUCAUGAAGAACCACAGCAUGAAGAAGCAACUGCUCCAAUACCUUGUACUGAGAGUAGUUUAGAUUUUAAUAGUAAAAUGGUUCUUUCCACUGGCAUAGUAGAGAAUAUGACAUAUGCUGGACAGGUUUAUUAUGAGGAGAAAAGAGCUAAAGAAUUGGUGACCUUCUCUGCAGCCAAGAAAUUGAGAGCACUCAUUGAGUUCAUUGAGAAGAAACGUGUACAAGCUGAAAUUGAUCAACAUGUUUAUUUUUCUUUUAUUCCUUCCUAUUCAUAUAUUGAAUUAAAGUUUGAUGCUCCACAAAAUGAGUCAUUCACUGGUUGGAGUAUUAAGCCUCACCUUAAGCCUUGUAGAUUACGUCGUUGUGAUGUUGAUAAUUUUGGCGAUGCUACUUAUCCUGUUCCUCCAUCUUGUUUAAUAUCAAUAUAUGGAUCAUCUGUAGCUUUAUCAUCACUGCAUUACUCUGUACCACUAGUGGGUGUUGUUGACCCAGUUACAUUGCUCAUUCAUUGUUCAUUGAGAACUGCUCCUCCUCUUCCUCUUCCUUCAAAAAAUCCUACUACCUCCUCCUCUACUGUAGUACAUGAAUCAACUGCACUAUCAAGAGCUAGUACAUUUAGAUCUGAUAUUGCUUGUAGUGUAAUGACAGAAUGUACUUCAUUAAUAAAGAAUUGUGGGAUUGACAUUCACUUUUUAGUGGAUAAGUUGUUGGAACACAAUAUUAUAAAUGCAAGAGAGAAGAGAGGAAUAACUGAUGGCUACACUAAACAAACUGCUGGUGAAAGAAUGGAUGAAUUGCUCCACAUCGUUUCAAGCUCCAUUUGUAUGGAAGGAGAAGUAUUUGGUAUAUUCUUAGAUAUACUCAGAGAGGAAGGUACUAGAAGAACUAUUAAACUAGCUGAUAAACUAAUAGAAAAAUAUAAUAAAAUUUAGCUUAUUAUUGUUGUUGUUGUUGUAGUUUUGCAGAUUGUUGAUUUUAUCAAAGCAAUUGCUUUCUAAAAAUUAUAACAAAUGAA